UUUCAAAACAAAAAAGUUGGGUUAUGUCGGGUAACGUGUUUUGGUUGUGUUUGUCACAACAUUGUGAAUAAUUCAUUGUUUACUUAGUGUUGGUGCUUUAGAAAAAGCUUGUAAAGUGUGAAAGACGUUGCGGUUGUGGUUUUUGCGCAAACAGAGCGUGGCUUUUCGGUUUAGACGUUUCGAAUUUGAAAAAUCAAAAGGGCGUUUUUGAAAGUUUGAAAAGUAAUAGUAGCGGCUAAUAAUAGAGCAGAAACCUUGAAAAGUCUAACCCCGAGAGUGUGAAAAGGUCCAGUUUCUGUCUGUCCUCUGUUGAUAGUAGUCGUUUUUGUGGAUUCCAGCAGAGCUGAACUUCCCAACUUCUUCGAAAAGACAAGUCAGACCUAGAACUUUGACCAGUUAGCACAUAGAAGUAGUUCCUAAGCAAAAUGUCUCUAAUUAGGAAGGUCAUUAACACUUCUAGGGCACCAAAACCUCUAGCUCCCUACAAUCAGGCUGUGCAACUAGACAAGACCUUGUAUGUCUCAGGGGUGAUAGGUCUGGACAAAGACACAAUGCAGUUGGUUAAAGGGGGGGCAGCUGCCGAAGCUAGACAAGCCUUAACCUGGUUGGGAAAUAUUUUAGAAGAUGCCGGUUCUUCGUACGAAAACGUCGUUAAAAGUACCGUGUUUUUGGCCAACAUGGACGACUUCGUAGCUGUUAACGAGGUUUACCAAGAGUUUUUUAAAAGCAACUUCCCCGCGCGCUCCGCCGUCCAAGUUGCCAAACUCCCGCUAAACGCAAACGUGGAAAUCGAAGUGGUGGCAGCCGUAGGGGACGUCGUCCACGUAACCGCCAGACUGUAAUUUCCGCCAAUAAAACUUUCUAAUCACAUAA